AUGUCGCAACUAGUUUCGGCAACUCCUACCCCAGAGAACCAUGUCGGGUUAAAAGAAUCCAAUGCGGAGCACUUUGAAGUGGAGGAAAAAGAUGCUGCGGACAACGUCCAUAUCCACAAUGAAUAUGCCUACAAGGGUGACGACUCUGAUGGCAAGGUUGCGUGGACUCUUCGUCACUCCUUGGCCGCAGUGUCCCUGGGCAUGUUAUACGCAGGGUCGCAGAUCAUGCUUUAUUUCGUCGGAGGGUGCCUGGCCUUCAUCGAAGCUGAUCUGGGCGCCGAGAAAGUGGGGAGCUGGCUUCCUGUGUCGAACACAUUAGCCAUUACUGCUGUUGCACCCUUUGUCGGGUAUUUGCAAGAUCUACUUGGCCGCCGCAAUAUCACACUGUGUGGCUCCAUGGUGAUUAUAGUGGGCAUCGCUUUGAUCGGUAGUGCCCACUCUUUUGGGCAGGCUGUGACCGGGAUGACUCUCUCCGGAGCUGGUGCAGGCGUCUGCGAGUUGACUGCUCUAGCUGGGCUGUCGGAUAUCGUACCUGUACGUCAGCGUGGAGUUACAUUGGCACUCAUGACUGCGUCAAUCCUGCCCUUUACACCCUAUGUUAUGUACAGCCAGCUACUUGCCACAUAUGUCACAUGGAGAUGGACGCAAUGGAUAGCUCUGAUAUGGAACGGAAUCGUGUUCGUAGGCCUGCUAACAACCUACUUCCCCAAAUCACACCCCCGCCUACAAGGGAUGUCUAAAAAACAAAUAUUGGCGCGUAUUGAUUAUAUUGGAGCCAUCCUAUCUAUUGUGGGAAUCACCCUUUUCCUCGUUGCCCUCCAAUCCGGCGGAUAUACUCACCCAUGGGCAAGCGGCUACGUCCUAGCACAGCUGAUUAUCGGUAUCUUUCUCAUCAUUUCCUGGGUAGCUUGGGAAUGGAAAUUUGCUCCACAUCCUAUGAUCCCACGCGAACUCUAUCAAGGACAACGAGUCGUUGGACUUACAUUCCUUGUCGCUUUCAUCGCGGGGUUCGACUUCUACUCUCUAAUCAACUUCUUCCCGAUCUCGUUUUCAACCCUUUGGAGCCCAGAGCCAGUUCAAGUCGGCUUGAAAGGUCUAGGCUAUGGUAUUUCAACUACAGCAGGUGCUGUCUUCUGGAACGCUCUUCUAUCGACAAAGAUGCCGGCAAAAUAUAUCCUCAUGAUCUCUUCGACUAUAAUGACCGCCUUCAUCGGCGGUCUUGUUGCUACAACGCCAGAAACGCCUAAACUAGCAGUCGCCCUCGGAACAAUAGCAAGCUUCGGCGUUGGCGGUAUCCUGGUUCCCGCUGCCACUGUGGCUUUGAUUGUUGUUCCGGAUUCCUUGCUCGCGACGACUGCGGCCUUGUCAUUGUCCAUUCGUACCGUCGGCGGCUCUAUUGGUUUCACGAUAUACUACAAUAUAUUCGUGAACAAGCUCAACAAGCAACAACCAGAGAAUAUCGCGAAGUACGCCAUAAAAGCUGGCUUACCAGCGUCAUAUGCCACUGAGUUUGUUACCACAUUUCUCACUGCUCCGGCAAACAUUACCCAAGUGCCUGGAUAUUCCCCACAGACCCUAGCGGGUGCUCAGUUGGGGACCAGAUGGGCUUACGCGGAGUCCCUAAAGUGGGUUUGGGUCACCAGUAUCCCUUUCGGCGUGUUGGCGAUUAUCACCUGCUUCUUCAUACCGAGCAUCAAAAAGUACCAAACCAACAGAGUUGCUGUCGCGUUGUGA